UAUCUUGCCGUGGCGUCACUUCCGUGUUUGGAAGAAAAAUAAAUAAAACGACAAGCAAACCUGCUGCUCAUGGAGGAAGACAACUACCAAAUACUUGAACAUGCCAACUCUGAGUUUGAACAGAAGAACUUCAAACAGGCAGAGGAGCUGUACACGCAGUUCAUCUCUUCCUGUUUACAGUCCAGAGUGUGUGAAGCGCGUCAUUUGGCCACUGCCUACAACAACCGCGGGCAGAUAAAGUACUUCCGGGUGGAUUUUCAAGAAGCGGUGGAGGAUUAUUCCUCCGCAGUGCAGGCGGACUGUCAGUCUGAAGUUCCCCUCUACAACAGAGGGCUCAUCCGCUACAGACUGGGUUUUUUCAAUGAAGCCAAGAGUGACUUCCAGCAAGCAUUAAAGCUCAACCCAGAAUUUGAAGAUGCCAAAGUGAGCCUGCAACAGACACUUGUGGACCAGCAGCAGAAGAUAAACAGGGGAUACUGACCUAAAAAAAAAUACAGAGUUCAUAUUUUAUACAUGUACUAGGUGCUUAAACACAAUGCACUCUCAGCCAUCGUCUGUGAAUUGUAUUUCUUUUGUUGUAAGAUGUCAUUGAGAUGUUUUAAUAGGUGUCUCACUGCACAAACAAAAGCACAGCUGAAAAUCGGAGUAAGUUGCAACACACACUGGGUCAUGCACGACGCUAAUAUGGAUUUUAAUUUUGUUCAGCAGGGCAUUUUUGAUUCCUUUUUUUCCCCGUGCACCGUCUCAAGACUCUUUCAGCUGGAAAACAAAUGUAACGACCUCAUAAAUGAAAGCACAUCAUUGUAUAAGUCUGUGAAUGGAAAGUGCAGACAAAUCGACCGAGGCUGCACACUCAGAGAAAUGAUAGACCUGGGCUUUUUACUGUCUGUAAUAAAUGUUAGUGCCCCCACUCGAAGACACCAGGAGCAUGUUUGUGACCAUGAACAGACAUAAGCUGCAAAGGGGAAAAAAAACAGGUUUUUUUGUGUCUCAAAUUGAAGCUCAGCCACAUUUGAGGAUUUCCCACGAGUUGGCAUAUGAUUUAAAAGAAUUAGGAAUAUAUAUUUAUGCUGUCAAAAACAUGUAAAUUUGUAUUGAAUAUAAACAGUGAGCAAUAAAUUAUUUUUACUGGA